CAAAAAGUGUAAACAAUCUGCUCCAUCUGCUCUCUCAUCGCAGGCUUCUUGUGUGAAUUCCGUGAAUCGUUUGAAUUGUUAGAAAGUAAUCGAUUUUAAGUGCUCAAAAUGACCACCGCUGCUCGGCCAACCUUCGACCCGGCUCGAGGAGGUAGUGGUCGUGGCGAAAAAGAUCUCAGCGCACUUUCCAAACAGUACAGCAGUCGCGAUCUUCCGUCGCACACCAAACUCAAAUACAGGGAUCCCGGCCAGGGAACGUCGGAGGAGCUGCGUAGCCGUGACUUCCGCGAGGAGCUUGAGAAGCGCGAACGAGAGAACAAACCCGGAAAGGGAGUCGCCUCAGGUGGUGGAGCCCCGUCGUCGGUGGUAAGACGUGCGAUCGAGGCCAACAGCAGCGGCCCCAACAAGCGCCAGAAAAUCGACGCAACCCCGCAGAAUCUGGACGCGGACGAUCCGGUUGACAGUGAGAACUCCGACUCGGACUCGGACGAAGACGACACGGCGGCUCUGCUGGCCGAGCUGAACAAAAUCAAGCGGGAACGGGCACAGGAUACCGCCAAGAAGGAAAUGGAAAAGCGCCAGGAGGAUGAGCGGAUUCGCAUGGAGAACAUUCUGUCGGGAAACCCGUUGUUGAAUUAUGCGUCCACGGCCAAGGCGGAGCUGAAGGUGAAACGGCGUUGGGACGAUGAUGUGGUGUUCAAGAAUUGUGCCCGCUCGGAACCGGAGAAGAAAACCAAUCAGUUCAUCAACGAUUCGCUGCGAUCCGAGUUCCACAAAAAGUUUAUGGAUAAGUACAUUAAGUAAGGUAGUUUUUAGGGUAAAUAUGUUUUAGGAUAAUUUUCAGCAUACCAAUAUACAUGAAUAAAAUUUAAAAUACUUUAGAAUAUUA